UUUCGUGUGGUUUGAGACGCAUUUGUGGUUUCAGUUUCAUUUAAAGUCUUCGUCUCAUCAUCACAACUUUUUCGUAAGCGACAUUUUCGAGUCGGCGGCAUAUAAGUCUGGGCGGCCAGUGAUUAGCAUUUAGUUGAAUUUUGAUUGCCAAGGGACCGGUGUCGUCAACCCAAUCGGAAAUGCAUUUCAUUAUAGUAUCGUGCCUCCUAGGCCUUGCAGCAGCCAUUCCGCAGGGAUACAACUACCAGGCCCAGCAGCAGCUGCAGCUGCCCGCCAUUCCACAAUUCGCCAGCUUCGCGGAGCAGUCGCUGCUGCAGCAGGCGCUCCAGGCUCCACGGGUGCAGCAGGUCCUGUCCGGAGGAGAGGUGGCCACUUCCUACUCUACCUCAUCCCAGCAAAGCCAGGCCUCCGUCUACCAACAGCAGCCGACGCAGCUUAGCGGAAACCUGGCGUACAAGGCGCCGCCCCAGACAUUCCAGACCUACCAGCCGCAGCCCCAACAGCAGCCACAGCAGCACCUCGUCUCCAAGGACAUCUACGUGCAUGUGCCACCCGCGGAGGAGCCCGAGGAGCGCUAUCCCCAGCCCGUGCUUCCGCCCGCACCCCCGCGCAAGCACUACCGCAUCGUGUUCAUCAAGGCGCCGACGCCCAGUGCCACCAAGACGGCCCUGCGCAUCAAGCAGGCCCCCGUGGAGGAGAAGACCAUCAUCUACGUGCUGACCAAGAAGCCGGACCCCCUGGACCUGCAGACGGCCAUCGAGGAGAUCGCGCCCAAGCAGCCCAGCAAGCCGGAGGUCUUCUUCAUCAAGUACAAGACCCAGGAGGAAGCUGCGCAUGCGCAGCGCACCAUUCAAGCGCAAUAUGACCAACUGGGCGGCACUUCACAGGUCUCCGACGAGGGAGUCGCUCCUGUCACGUCAGUGAUCGGCGUUCUGGACAACCAGCGGCAAAGUGGAGCUCCGAUCGGAAAUCUCGCGGGCGCCCUGGUGAACAACUACCUGCCCGCCAAUCUGCGCACUUAGCCAAAUGGCAUUAGCGUGAAAGAACUGUCGUACUUUUAAGUAUUCCACCUUUGUAUAUAUACUAUUUAGAUAAAUAAAUUUGAUCAUUUGACAACUCUCCGAUGAUAGUAAUCCGAAA